AUGAAAUUUAGUUGUUGGAUAUUUAAAUAGAUAUAUUGUAUUAAACAUUAAAGCUUACUGAACAAUCUUAAAGCUAAAUAAAUAAAAUUGAUAGUGCUUAAGAAUUUAAGCAGCAAUUUAGAGAAAAUACUUUUUAUAGAUUUUGGAUUGAUAUUUAAAACUAAGAAGAAUUAAAUGACCAAAACAUGUCUCCUAAUGAAUAGAUAUAAAAUGAAUUUAUUUAGAAAUCAAGCAUUGAUAAUUUGUAAGAGUAUUUAUUAGAAGAAGUAUUUGACGGAAUUCUCUUAAAGAGGAAUGUUUCUGAUUCAAAAAAUUUAAUUAAAAUAAUUUAAAUUUUUAGCAUUAAAAAGUUAAGCGAAAUCCCUAGUGAAUGCUUUAUACAUUUAAUUGAACAGAACUCUAAAAACAAAGAAAAUAUUUUUAAAUUUGUUGAAUUAAUUACAUAAAAGGGAUUAUACAAUUACAAUUUAAAUUAAAAGACUGCAUUUUAUCAUGGAUUUUACAAUUUUGUCACAGUCAACUACCUUUCCUCUUUAAAUAAUUAUUUAAAUAACAAUCUAAGAUAUGAAAGCCAUAAUGAUGAGAAUAUUUCCUAAUAAAAUUAACUAAAUCAAAUCAAACUCACUUUAUUAAAUAUUGCUGAUCUCUUUAAAAUCAUGUAACUUUCUAGUGUUGUUAACUUCUAGUUCUUAAAACUGCUAGAAAAUACUUUAAAUCAAGAUAACUAGAUUCAAAAAUUCAAGCACUAAGAGUUCAUUAAAAUAUUGUAGUUCUUUGGCGAUUUCCCUUUGCAAAUGGAUAUUCUCACUAAAAAUUAAAUUAACUUCUACUUAAAUAAGCACUUUGAAAAAAUGA